UAGAAAAUGUUGGUGGCCAUGUUGUGCUAUGUGCGGGUUUAAAAAACAGUAUUCGCUAUAUGUUUGUGUACGUAUAUUAAAUAAAGUGAAACCGUUAAAAAACGGAAGUCUCAAAGCAAAUCGAACGAAAUUAAACGUUUCUCCCGUUUAUUACCUGUUCGCGCGAUAUCCUCAAACAUAAACACUUUGACAGUUCGAAACGUCAAAACUGGUCAUGGAUUUCGAUAACAGUAAAGAAAAUAUUCAACCCUUGCGUGGUGGACGCAACCCCACGCAACUCGGUGUUGCUAUUCAAGCACAAAACAGCGCGGAUUUACAGCGAGAAUUGAUGCAGCAAAAACAGGAAUUCGAAAAUGCUAUUCGCACAUAUACAGGAGACGAUCCCCUUGAAAAUUAUUAUAGUUAUAUAUCUUGGAUCGAACAAAGCUUUCCAAAACAUGGACAUGAGGGAAAUUUGCUACCGUUCCUAGAAGACUGCUUAAAAAAAUUUGAGGAUGAUAAAAGAUAUUUAAACGAUAGAAGAUUCUGUAAAUUAUGGAUUAAAUUUAUUGAUUAUCAACAAAACCCCAUAGAAUUGUAUCAUAUGUUGUUUUCAAAAGGACUGUGUAAAGGUUGCGCUGAUUUUUAUAGAGCUUGGUCUUUCUAUCAUGAAGUGAUGGGAGAUUUCAAAAACGCAGAUUUGGUGUUAAACUGUGGAAUACGCGAACAUGCUCAGCCUUACGAAGAGCUUUUAGCUGCUCAACAAAGCUUAAUUUUUGCCGCUGGGCAACAAGUUAUUAGUGGCGUUAACGAAGAGCGGCUACAACAUCAACGUAAUGCACUUACAUCACUUCACAUCUACAAGUCAGGUCGUGUAGGUAACACAAGACAUUCAGAGCAUGUUAUAACACAUCAUGCCCAUUCUGGAAUGCAUCCUGGACAUUCAACACACCCUCAAAACGCUGGGAGAGUAUUUAAUGUGUAUCAAGACUAUAAUGAUGAUUAUUUGGCUGCUGGUGCAGCUCCAAAUAGUGUGUUGGAUAUUGCUAAACGCGAAAUUUGUGUAAAAGAGAAUUUAAUGAAACCGGGCGUUUGGACUAAUGCAACAGUUGGGCACACAAAUUCAGCUCAUAGAACUUCCGCGUUUUUAAUACAUGAGGAUCGUUAUGAUGUACACCAAAGAAAUUUACAAAUACCCCAAAAUUUUGCAAGAUCAACAAACGAAUGUUACAGUUCUUAUGUAAUACCAUUGAAUUAUAUGGAACCUUAUGACCCAAUGAAAAUAACUAAAUAUCCAAAAAACAAAGUUUAUCCUGGUGAUGGUACAGAGUAUUCUUUAGAGGAGAUAAAAUCAGCUGGUUAUGUAAUCCAUCUAAGUGUAAAUAUUCCAGAGAAUGAAUCGAUUUCAUCCAAUUUAGAAAUGACCCAAAUGCAAUCAAACAGCAGAACAUCAGCUAAUAAAUCCAAUCUCAAUCUAUCUAAAAUUCCUUGCAUUAUCGAGCCAAACACCACAACAAAAGAGAUGAAUUUACCUCGAGAUGAGUCAUCCAUUUCUAAAAAUCCUCCACCAUUCGAGGUAUUUAAUGAUUCAAUACCAAACAAUUCAAUCUCACAGCAACCGAAUCUCGCAACCACAAAAAAUUAUUACGUAGAUCCUAAAAUGCCAAUAUUAUACCCAGAAGUAACUACACCCAAUUUACACCCAGAAAUAAACACCCAGCAAAGUAGCCCAUUAAUCAUUGAUGAUCUAUGGGCAUCAAAAGGUGAUUUGGAUGCAGAAACGACUAAUAAAGUCACUCCAAAGAAAAAUAUGAACAAUUUCGUCAUUUUUAAUGAUUCGAACUUGCGCGAACCCAACACUCAGCCUAAAGGCAGCGCGAUGAAAACACCUUUGAAAACGUUAUCAACCGAUGAUUUGGUUGAAACCGGAUCGCGUGGGGGCCUAGAUAUUGCGAUGGCUGCACAACCUGUAGAUAGCGCUAGGAACGUAACGAAUUUGGACGAUCGAAACCCGAUCUAUCAAGGAACUGGAUCUAGAGAAGUUGAAUGUCCUGAUACGCAAAUGUUUAAUUUUAAUUUGAAUGCCAUGAAAGUCAGUACUCCUCAAAGCAAAGAACAACAACAGCAAAACGUUGAACGAAACGUUAAUAACGGUAGCACGAAAAAAGUGUUAUUUGAGAGAUUGUCAACUAUUUUAGAGGAAAGUAAAACUUACAGUUCAUCCGGAAGUAGCGGUUCAUCUGCUUUAAAAUCAACAUUGCUUAACUCAAAAAAGCUGUGUUUACAAGAACAAAGUACUUUUCACAUAAAUUUGGAACAAAAUUUGAAAGCUAAUGCUGCUUUAAGAUCGAGGUCGCUAGGUGAAUUUAUUGAUUGCGCCCCUGAGCAUCACACCUCAACAAUAGAAUCACCAUCGAUGAUACACCCCGUUGUGCAACCGACAACGAUAGCUCCGCUAAUGUCAGCACCUGAUGAUCCGUUCAAAACGUCUCUGAUUGAAACUCUUUUGGAAAGAAUUAAUUUUCCAGGACAACAUAUAUAUGGUUACACAAGAGUCUAUGAGAUACCUCGAAUAGUGAUUAAAAAAGAAUAUCUUGAUGUUGGCAGGGAAAAGUAUUACAUAGAGAAAUUAAUUGGGAAGGGGGCGUUUGGUUCUGUAUACAAAGCGGAAGAUUGUCAAACAAGACAAACUGUUGCCGUCAAAUACCAGAGGCCCCCUAAUAAAUGGGAGUAUUAUAUUUGCAGGGAAUUACAGGCGAGAUUAGCCGGUAAUCAUAUGAAAGAUAGAUUUAUGGAUAUACAUAGAGGCUAUUAUAGUGAUCAAGUAUCAAUUUUGAUAUCGGAUUUUAAUCCAAAUGGUUCUUUGUUGGACAUUACGAACAAAUUGAAACAGAAGAAUGGUCGCGCAAUGAAAGAAUCACUUUGCGCAUACUUUUGCAUCGAGAUGUUGCAAAUAAUCAGUGCAAUGCAUUCCACGAAAAUUAUUCACGCAGACAUAAAACCUGACAAUUUUUUGGUUCAACUUGUAGACAAUAACGUUAAGUUGCAUCUUAUCGAUUUUGGGUGUAGCAUUGAUAUGGCUAUGUUUCCACACGGCACAACGUUCUUAAGAAAAGUCACUACGGAAGAUUUUACCUGUUGCGAAAUGUUGGAUGGCCGACCAUGGAGCUAUCACACCGAUUUAUUUUGCGUAGCCGCUUCCGCUCACGUUUUGCUCUUUGACAAAUAUAUUCAGAUGCAGAAAAAAGAUGAUCAUUGGUCGAUUAAACACCGUUUCUCAAGAUAUUAUCGCGUCGAUUGUUGGAACAUGUUCUUCAGUACUCUAUUAAAUCAACAAAACGGGCCGGCAAAAAUCGAUCCACUCAUUCAAAUGCUCUCUGGCAUCGUCGACAUGGGCACCACCGAAUUCCAAACGGAAAUGAGAACACUCGUAAACAUGUUACGAGGACGAUAACGAUUCGCCACGCUAGUUUAUCUUUAAUAAUGUCAACGUUAUGUUUAGUUCUAGUUCUUACUUAAGGAUUUUCUUGAUUUUAUUAAAUAUUAAUAAUAAAUUGAAACGGAUUAAUUAUAAUAAAACUGCUUUAUACUGCGGGAAACGAUAUAGAAUUCGGUUUAUUUAUUAAAGAAGUUUCUCAACCAA